AGCGAAGUCCGCUUUAAGUCGUCUCUACGCGACCCGUCUCUCUCUCUCUCUCUCUCUCUUCUGUUGUCUCAAUCUGCAAAGCUUUGAAAUCUGAUGAUCUAUAGGCAUGGCGACGACAACAACAAAAACAACUUCUUCCGGUUCAAAUUACACGACCUGCACCAAUAUUUUCAAUCCAAAGGGAGUCCGAACAUCGACAACCAACGCCGGCACACCCGCGUGCGGCAAGCUUGAUGGUGCGGCGGUGUGGCUCGUCAACGGUCUCGCCUCUGCGUUCUUUGCGUCACUGGAGCGUUGCUCUUGCAUCAACAUCGCAACCGAAGGAGACACUGACGACGCCAAUGAUUUGCCUUUGAUCUGCAACGAUGGCAACUUUCAAGCAGCUGCUGCAACCAUCCGAACAAGAGCAACUGGUAAGGGGAAGAAGAGAGGUGGAUUCGCCGGCCGGGAGGACUUCAUGGAUAACGAUUACUAGCUAGAAAAUAAAUAAUAUGGCUCUUCUGAAACUCCGCAUAUACUUCCUCUGCCCUUUAAUUAUCUGUUGAUUUGGUUUUUCUUCCGUUACCUCUUCUCAAUUAUAAAAUCCCAAUUGAGUAAAUAAGGAUUUCCAGUACAUAUAAUAUAUAUAAUGCUUCUUUCAAGUUUAGUUGGCUUUCAGUUAUGAAUGGGUCUAUGAAGUCUGCGAGGUGGUGUUGUUGUUGUUGUUGUUGUUGUUUUUUUUUCCCUCCAUUUCUCUGUUUUUGUGCAUGGUUUCUCGAUCGUUAAGAUGGAGAGAUGAUUGAAAAUGUUAAUUGCUAUACUAUUUUCUUC